UAGUGAGGCAGUAUUUGAAAAAACAAGAGUACAGCACAUUUAGAAAUAGAGAAGAAAAUAACAAAAUAAAUCGCAGAUCACUGAUAAGCUACUGGGAUGUAUUGUCUUGACAUUUUAUAAUUUUUUUCCCUUCAAAAAGCUCUCCUUCGUGGGAGGAGUUAGGUGCAACAGCUGGCUCUCUUUACAUACUUUUUCGCAGCGGAGACAGACACAUCUCCCGGAGCAAAAAAAAAAAGGCGGACGAAGGAACAGCAGCAUUAAAUCUGAUCUCGCCUCUCUUUAACACAGGAAUUGUAUAUGAUUUGCUUCGAAACACGUUAAGCAAACGACCAGAGAAGAAAUCUACACUUCUGGAAAAUGUUCUGGGGCAUAUCUUUUUCCGGAUUUGGGAGAACUAGCUACAGAUCUUGAACGAUUUCCUAGAAAGGUGCAAAGAUUCUUAAUCAGUCCUGAUGUUUGCUAUGGAAGGCAUGCCUGUUAUGGACUGCCUGAAGGACUUCAAUCACUGAAGUUGAAGAGGGAGAGAGAAGUGGAUUUAUCCCAUUUUUUCCUCGGGAGGUACAGGUACCUAGUGGACCACAUAGACCAAAGUGAUCAACAUGUCUAUUUGGGUGAUCAUACCUAUCAGCCUUCCUGUCCUCACCAUCACUGGGAUAUGGGUUGUAUAUGCCAUGGCCCUCUACAACCAGCAUGUCUGCCCCGUGGAUAACUGGCUGUAUAAUCAGUCGUGUGAGGAGAAGCUGUCUCUACAGAGGAGUCCUGAGCUGUGCUGUACCCUGGACAAUGUCCCACUCAUCAGUAAGUGUGGCACCCUUCCCCCUGAGAGUUGCUUCUUCAGCCUCAUCUGCAGUACCGGAUCCUUCAUGGUGAUUUUGAUAGGGCUGCUGCGGUAUGCCCACGUCAUAGAGAAGCACCAGAACUGUGUCCUUAACACUGCCGGCCUUUCCACUGGCUGGAUCUGUGCUGCAGGACUCAUUAUGGUGGGCAACUUCCAGGUGGAUUAUGCCAAAGUGCUUCACUACGUGGGUGCAGGGGUGGCUUUUCCCACCAGUAUCCUGUUUGUGUGUCUGCAGUCAGCCCUGACCUACCGCCUGGCGAAGACCCAGAGAGAAUAUAAUGUGGGCCACCUUCGACUGGGGAUGAGCUUGCUAGCCUUCAUCACCCUGGUCUUCAGCGGUGUCUUCUUUGUCCAGGAGAGCUUUGCCCUGCAACACGCCUCCGCCAUCUUUGAGUGGCUCUUCUGCAUCAUCAUCAUGCUCUUCUUUGGGACCUUUGCCUUUGAGUUUGGGGACAUGUCCGGGGAUACCCUUAUGGUGCUGGCCAGAGGGGGUGUCCAGGGCUUUUCCAGCAGUGACCACAAGGCCGAGGAGGCAGGAGGGCCCAACCACCACUACCAACCAGAUGGCAUAGCAAUGCUGUAGGCCUAUCAAAGGCAGGCUUCUGUGCCCACUGACCAAUCACAAACAGGGUUGGAGUGGGAAGAGUGGAUCACUGAUCAAUCAUAGACCACCAAAGGGCAUGAGGACGACGCACCCUCCAAAUGGACCUGCUCGGUAUUGCACAUAGCUAAAGCACCCAAAGCUUUUCUAACCAUUGACCAAACAUAUGUUACAAGUGCCUUUUGGAAGGAACACAGGCAGGUGCACACACACACACACACACACCUUCCCUGUCUUUUCCUUUCAUCAUUACGUAAUCACUCUUGAUUACGAGAACUUGUUCGCUUGCCGUGUAUCAGAUCCAAUGUCUUGAUUGAGUGCCUGAAAAAUCUUUAAUGACUAAGCAGAAUAUGGCUGGGUCAGUACCUGUGUUAUUAUGUUUGGCCAUUCAGGCACUGAACUCUGCAUCGCAUUGUUUCUACUCAGGAAAAUCUGUUACAUCACCAGCUGUUCAGUGCCUUUUAACAGGAACUUAAAGGGAAGUUAAAGUCAAACAAAAGAGGUAUUGUUGUUUUCUGUGCUCAGAGAUAUUUGUUUUAUAUCCGAGGUUUGAUUGUUGUAUUGUAUGAAAUAUAAGCAAAUAGGGUAAAGGGAGGUUCGGUUCAGGUGCAGUGACCCUUGUUGUUUCAUUUUGUGAGGAGUCUGAAAACCUUUAUUUGGUGUUGUGUGUUACACAUUGAAACCAGUAGAGGGCCCCCUGAUCAAUGGUUUUGUUGCAGUGUCAACCGAUGCAGAGAAAGUGUUACAGUGAGAAAGGAAGCAAACCAGAGAAGUGAAUCACUUUGAACGUGUAUCCUUGUACCAAAUUGAUGACAAGAAGAAGAAAUGUUAAUACAAACAUGUUGUUUUAUGUAUGCUGUUCAAUUCUUCAGGUAUUAAUGCAAAUAUAGACACAUUUAUUACUUGAUUUAAAUCUGUCUAUUUAUCGUCUCAAACCUGUUUUUAUCAUUCAUAAUUUUCCAAAGGGCUUUUGUAUCUUAAAAAGAAAGAUUCACCCAUUUUGAAUGUUAUAUUGUUUUUUUUUGUUUUUUUUUAAUCUCUGAGCUGUCUUCUAUCUAGUCGAUGUUUCAUGCCAAUCGGAUCCAUUGCUGUUCAAGCAGGCAGAGAUACAAAAUGUAUCACACCGGCUAUGACAAUUAGCGUUUUGAAAGUUCCAUAUCUCGAAAACUUUAUUUCUGACAUGCAAGGCAUUUUGGGACUGUGUCAACAGUGGACUAAUGAAACAAAUACCAAGAGAUAGUUUGAGUGGAUUAUUACUUUAAGGCAUUAUCAAUGCACCAGCAAAGAAUAAAACCCUUUUCUGAGAAUGAACUCUUAUAGAGACUGAUGAAAAGACGUAUACAGUUCAUGUUUUAUUGUUCAAAACCCUAUUUACAUUUUCCUGUUAUCUAUUGACAAACUGUAUAUGAAGGAUCUGAGUUCAUCUGGUUUCCGAGCAGUUACAGCAAUCGGGACAAGGUAACAGCACUGACACAACAUUCUCAGACGUUUUUUUCUACAUUGAACCAAAAUGUGGCGACAUACCAUUUUAUUCUAAACCCUUCACGCUCAGAAAAAGCUAGCCCUGCCUCUGGUAAUAUCUCUACAAUAAAAGCGUUCUAACAUAAAA